GGCGGAGACGCGCCUUCUCCCGCCCGUGCGCGCACACGCGAGAGCCGGGUUUUUAUUGUAACGGAGAGGCAGAGCGAAACAGGGGGAUUUUAAUACAGAAAAAAACACAAAAAACUGCAACACAACUACAGGCAUGGCAGCGAUCCGUAAGAAGCUGGUGAUCGUGGGUGAUGGGGCCUGUGGAAAGACCUGCCUGCUGAUAGUCUUCAGUAAGGACCAGUUUCCAGAGGUCUACGUCCCAACAGUCUUCGAGAACUACGUCGCAGACAUCGAGGUGGACAGCAAACAGGUGGAGCUGGCUCUCUGGGACACAGCCGGACAGGAGGACUAUGAUCGACUCAGGCCUCUAUCCUACCCCGACACAGACGUUAUCCUCAUGUGCUUCUCCAUAGACAGUCCAGACAGUUUAGAAAACAUCCCGGAGAAGUGGACUCCGGAGGUGAAGCAUUUCUGCCCGAAUGUGCCCAUCAUCCUGGUGGGGAACAAGAAGGACCUGCGGAACGACGAGCACACACGCCGAGAACUGGCCAAGAUGAAACAGGAGCCAGUGAAGCCGGAGGAGGGCCGGGACAUGGCAAACCGCAUCGGUGCCUUUGGCUACAUGGAGUGCUCAGCAAAGACAAAGGACGGCGUGAGGGAGGUGUUCGAGAUGGCCACCAGGGCGGCGCUACAGGCCCGACGUGGCAAAAAACAAUCAAAAUGCCUUCUUUUGUAAAGAAACUAAACAAAAUGAAAGUGUCUUUACUCCCAGAGAAAGGAGAAAGCAGGCGAGCCCAGGCCCCCCCCCCCCCCCCCGUCCCCAAACUCACUCUCUACAGCCAUCAACUUGAUUUCAAACCCUCCAAUUGAUGUUUGUUAAUCCUAGUGUGUUCCUAGUGUCUUUGAGUAAUCUGGCCUUCCAGUUGUCUCUAUAUAUUUUUUUUUUCCCCCAAUUAUCUGUAACAAGUUCCAUUUUUUUUUUUUUUUUUUUUUUUUUUAAAAACACAAAGAUGAAAAGGAAAGUAGUUUACCAGAAUUAAAAAACACUCUAAACUAAAUGCUUUUUUUAAUUAUUUUUUUUGUAUGUUUGCUGUACCUGUGUUGUUGGUCACAGAACGCCUUGAUUAGAGCUGGUCUAAGUGCAGCUCUCCUGGGCUCUGCGUUCACCUGUCCUGUCUCUCUCUGGUCCUGCGUUCACCUGUCCUGUCUCUCUCUGGUCCUGCGUUCACCUGUCCUGUCUCUCUCUGGUCCUGCGUGUCCCAUCGCAUCUUGUCCGUUCACACACCCCUAGAUAGAAGUAGAAAUGUCUACCUGUUUUCUCGAGUCUGUUUACCGGACAAGGAAACCAUUGGCCUCGUGUUUAUUCCAGCUUCCACUUAUUAUUAUUUGUAUUUUUAAAUUGUAGUUGAUUUACGAGUCACACUGUUUUUUGUAAAAGUGGAUUUCCUAAAUGCUAAACUUGUGUGUGUGUCUCUGUGUAAUUUUUAAGAAAAGAAAACAAACAAAAAAAGUAUUUGAAAAUAAAAACAAAAAGGGGUUGAUGAGUGAACACGGUUUCUCACACGCACACAUAAAGAGUGGAAAUUGAUUUGUAUAAAAGCUUAGUAACUUUCUGUAAUAAAUUACUGUUAAUAUAACCAACAGAUCCACGUUUAAUAUGCAAUGCUGGUAAUAAAAGCGGAUAUUGUGAGGUUUGGUUAAAAACAA